UGUUGACGUCAUUUUGUGUCUUUUGCAGAGUGAAUCACCCGACUGUCGUCGGUAAACACUUCAGUCAAUAACGGGACAGGAUUCAACGGAGUUAUAAUAUGUCUAAUGAGAAAUCGAAGUUAACUUAUUUGAUAACUGGAGGAUGCGGCUUUCUUGGGCAGCACCUGUUGAAGGUUUUGUUGGAGAAGGAAGAAAAUAUCAAAGAGAUCAGGCUUUUCGAUAAAACCGUUUACCAUAAUCUACAAAGUCACAGUACAGAGCAUGUGAAGGUGGUGGUGGUGCAGGGGGAUAUAACAAAUUAUGGGAGCGUGCGUGAUGCCUUUCAGGGAGCAGACCUGGUUAUCCACGCAGCUAGUUUGGUUGAUGUGUGGUAUAAAGUCCCUGAGAAGGCCAUCUAUGCUGUCAAUGUACAAGGGACGGAGAAUGUAAUAAAUGCCUGUGUAGAAAUCGGUAUUCAGAAUUUGAUCUAUACAAGCUCCAUGGAGGUGGUUGGUCCAAAUGUUAAAGGAGAUACAUUCAUCAGAGGGAAUGAGGAUACUCCAUAUAAUAUAUUUCAUGAGAUGCCCUACCCAAAGACCAAAGCUGCAGCUGAGAAAAUGGUGCUGGGAGCCAAUGGCACAAAGGUAAAGGGAGGGAACAUUCUCUACACAUGUUGUCUGCGGCCAACAGGUAUCUAUGGGGAACAACACCAGCUCAUGAAGGACUUCUACCAGAACGGGGUCCGUACAGGUGGUUGGGUGAUCAGGGGAGUUCCACGGGACACGGAGCACGGACGGGUUUAUGCAGGUAAUGUGGCCUGGAUGCACCUGCUAGCAGCACGUGCUCUGCGGGAACAUCCCGAUCGGCUGGGUGGGGAGUUUUAUUUCUGCUACGAUGACUCUCCAUACAAGAGCUACGAAGACUUCAACAUGCAGUUCCUGUCGACCUUCAACUUUCGUCCGUUGCAUGUGCCAUUGUGGGUGCUGUGGUUCAUAGCGUGGAUGAACGACCUGAUGCGCUGGCUCCUCAAGCCGUUCUACAACUACACACCACUGCUCAAUGGAUACACACUCGCUGUGGCCUGCACAUCCUUCACUGUCUGCACAGACAAAGCGUUUCGGCACUUUCAGUACCGACCGCUCUACAGCUGGGAGCAGUGCCUGGCACGUACGCAGAGCUGGGUCAACACGUUCCCUUUAGAAACCAACACUAAGGACACCUAACAGCUGCUUUAAUAUCAUGAGGACAGGUUUAAUAAACACAUCUGUGGCCAAAUAUGAAAGAUGCUUUUUGGGUUUGAGUAAUGACCUCUUAUCUAAUGAUGGACUGCACAACAUUUUUUUAUAUGUUGUACUUCAGUAUUUAGGAUGUGCUUUGCAUUAAGUACAUUUAAUCAUUAAAUGAACCUCUUGAUCAUAUAAUCACAGUUAAGAUGAUCUCUCAGACAUUUAGAUGAAUGAAAUGUCAUGUAAUUAUUGGCAUUAGUAUUAACAACUGAGAUAAACUUUACAUUACGAGCACUUUCAUGCAAAAUGCACAACUGAAAGUAUUUUGAUAGUAAUCUGGCAAGUCUUUGAGCUGAAUAUAUGUAAUGUAUCAGAUAUAACGUGUUAUACAAUCAACCACAUAUGCCUGUAUAUUUAUACAUUUCUUUGUCCAAAUUAUUUAACUGAAAAAUAUUUGUGUAAAUAUUAUAUGGAAAAUAUUUAGAUUUAAAUACAUUUUAUUGUUU